AUGGGACAUCGUCCUGCCCAGUGUUACUGGUAUUGUAAGAACAAGCUGUACCCAAAGUCCUGCUUCUUCCAAGGUGUCCCUGGUGCCAAGAUUCGCAUCUUGGACCUGGGGCAGAAGAAAGCAAAAGUGGAUGAAUUCCUACUCUGUGGUCACCUGGUGUCUGAUGAACAUGAGCAGCGCCCCUCGGAAGCCCUGGAAGCUGCCUGGAUUUGUGCCAACAGGUACAUGGUAAAAGGCUGUGGCAAAGACGGCUUCCAUAUCUGGGCGCAGCUCAGCCCUUUCCACGUCAUCUGCAUCAACAAGGUAUCGUCCUGUGCUGGGGCUGACAGGCUCCAGACUGGCACAUGGGGUGCCUUUGGGAAGCCCCAGGGCACAGCGGCAAGGGUUCCCAUUGGACAGUUCACUAUGUCUAUCCACACCAAGCUGCAGAACAAGGAACACGUGAUGGAGGCCCCACAUAGGGCCAAGUUUAAGUUCUCUGGCUGCCAGAAGAUCCACAUCUCCAAAAAGUGGUGCUUCACCAACCCCAAUGCAGACAAAUUUGAAGACAUGGUAGCCGAGAAGCACCUCAUCCCUGAUGGUGCAGGGUGA